AAAAUUGAAGUAUUGUAAUCAUUUUUCCGUAUAUUAUUUAAAGUAGGCAUCUUACAAAGAACAACUAUUGAAAAAAAUGUCCUAUAGCGGUCAAAAUAAACAGCUGCAAGUCAAAGAAGUUCACUCCAACCGUUUAGGUGUCGGUUAUACUGUUACUAUUAAGAGAUAUACUUCCUAUAUAGGAGAACGCAACCCUGAAUUGAAAAAAGCAAUAAAAAGUCCAAUAUUUAAAGACAAUACUCAAACAAUAUUCGAAAUUGAAAUUCAAUGUCAUCACUUGCCCAAACAAAACAUCAAUCUGUUCGACUACAAAAUCAGACGCCAUUUUAAUGUCAGUUCCAUUCCUCAAUACAAUAAUGGAUACAAAAAAGCUUUAGAGCUUAGACAACAAUACCAGCAACGCCAGAAUUAUUAUAUAGAAGAUGUUACCACUAAAUCCAAUACUAACGCACAUUAUGUUAUUUCUGAACAAGACCAGGUGCUUAUUAAUGCUUCAGACUUAUUUUUACGUAGAACACCUACUCUGGAUGUGGAUUCACAUACCACCAUGAGUGAUAACUCGUAUAUAUCUGCUGCUGAAUAAGUAGUGACUGUCAUCUACCGGCGCAUGAAUAAUUCAACACUAUAAAACACAACAAUAGACUCUUUAUUAAAUGCAACAUUCUAUACCUGGCAGUAUUUACGUAUAACAUCUGGUAGAUGAAAAAAAUACAGAUAUAUGAUUUAGUUAGAAACAAUUUCUUUUUUUUUAUUUUUGUGUACUUUUUCCUCUAUGUCGUUUCUUACAAUGCAGGUAAUGCUUAGUAUUGUUUUUAUAAAUAAUAGGCAAUACGAUCCUUAUGAAGGUUGGGUCUAUAAAAAAUUUUCUUCAAGCAAAAGGCGUAAAAAUCAGAAAAAUUCGGAUACAUAAAAAUAUUAAAAUGGAAAAUUACAAAUAAAAUAGUUCUGACUCAUUUCAAUUUGUAGAACCAAAGUUAAACUAAUAAAGUCAUAAUCAUCCCUGUAUA